CUGGCCACGCCCCACUGGAGCUUAGCAGACGGUCGUUCCUGGUGUCCCAGCGCUAUGAGGGCCAGGUGUCUGCCCCUGCUCUCAGGCCUCAGUGUCCUGCUAACUCUGUCGGGAUCGGAAGUGCAGAAUUCUGGAGGUUUCUGUCAGACAUGCCCUGAAAAUGCCAGAUGCUUCAACAGAACCCACUGUGCUUGCAAAGAUGGGUAUCAGUCCAAGUCUGGGAGGAGGUACUUCACUGACUUCAAUGAGAAAUGUGAAGAUAUUGAUGAGUGUAAGACCGGGCUGUCAAAGUGCAAGAAGAAAGCAUAUUGCAAAAAUGAAAUCGGAAGUUACUACUGCAGCUGUGUCCCAAGUAUUCCUGUUUUAAACUGGAUGGCUAAAAUUUUUAAAAUGGACUAUGCAGAUUGUUAUGAGGACAUUCGUGAGAAGACAGAGCCAUCAGAGACCAUUUGGACAAUUCUAAAGAAAAAUGAAAGCAAACAGUUCAUUGCAAAAGAGGUGACCCAACUACUUCAAAACGUGGAAUUGACCAUAUGGAAUGACAGUUUUGCUUUUCCAGAAAAGCAUGAAAAUUCUAUAUUUGAUAUAGUCUAUGAAACCAAGAGAUGCAAUGACACAAACGAGAAGACUGUUCUGGAAGCUGGAAAUAACACAAUGGAUAUCAACUGCAAUGAUGCUUUCAAAGGAACCACAAGAGAGAGUAAAGUUGCAUUUAUCACUUACCGGUCUCUUGGGGAUAUUCUGGACGGAUCCUUUUUCAGUCAUAGAAGAGGAACACUGGACAUAAAACUGAACUCUCAUAUUGUGAGUGGCACCAUUGGUGUAAAAGAAAAAGUUUAUCUGUCUACACCUGUGUUUCUGACCUUCAAACAUACUGAGCCAGGUGGUGCAAGAAGAAAACUCCUGUGUGUGUACUGGAAAGGAUCAGAAGAGGGAGGCAGCUGGUCGACGGAGGGCUGCACUCAUGUGAGCAGCAAUGAUUCUUACACCAAAUGCAAGUGCUUCCACCUUUCCAGCUUUGCUGUCCUCAUGGCUCUUGUUCCUCAGGCGGAUCUCAUUCUAACAGUGAUUACCUACGUGGGACUGAGCCUGUCUCUGCUGUGUCUCCUCCUGGCAGCCCUCACUUUCCUCUUGUGCCGAUCCAUCCAGAACAUCAGCACCACCCUCCACCUGCAGCUCUGCAUCUGCCUCUUCUUGGCCCACCUCCUCUUCCUCACUGGGAUUGAUCAAACUGAGCCUGAGGUGCUGUGUUCCAUCAUCGCAGGGGUAUUGCAUUACCUCUACUUGGCCUCCUUUACCUGGAUGCUCCUCGAAGGACUGCAUCUCUUUCUCACCGUCAGGAACCUCAAGGUGGCCAACUACACCAGCGCAGGCAGAUUCAAGAAGAGGUUCAUGUACCCUGCAGGCUAUGGGAUUCCAGCUCUGAUUGUGGCUGUAUCUGCAAUAGCAGGACACAAAAAUUAUGGAACAUACACUCACUGCUGGCUCAAGACUGAUGAAGGGUUCAUCUGGAGCUUCAUAGGGCCAGUGGCCAUCAUUGUCUUGAUAAACUUGGUGUUCUACUUCCAAAUUCUGUGGAUUUUGAGAAGCAAACUUUCCUCCCUCAAUAAAGAAGUUUCCACCAUUCAGGACACCAGAGUCAUGACAUUUAAAGCCAUCGCUCAGCUGUUUACCCUGGGCUGUUCUUGGGGCCUUGGUUUUUUUAUGGUUGAUGAAGUUGGGAAGACAAUCGGAACAGUCAUUGCCUACAUGUUCACCAUCAUCAAUGUCCUGCAGGGCGUUUUACUUUUUGUGGUACACUGUCUCCUUAAUCGCCAGGUGCGAAUGGAAUACAAGAAAUGGUUUAUUAGGAUGCAGAAAGGUGUUGAAACUGAAAGCACUGAGAUCUCUGCUUCUACUACCCACACCAGAAUGUAGGAGGAGCCAGGGAAGUCAUCAGAAUUCACCCACCGAAGAGACACUGUGUCUGUCCAAUCACAGCCUGGGACUCAUCCUGUCACUGUUUUUUGGCAAAGAACAGAACACUGAGCUGCUCACGGACGGCAUCCCUAGGUCAUAUAUGGAUUGGACAGGCACCAUCAUCGGUGUGAAAAGGAGUCCUGUCGCCUGCCCCUGUUUUGACUUUUAUUGCCACAGACAGAAAGGGGAACAUGGGAACAUUCUUAGACUAGAACCCAGAAUUGCAUGUUACGUGCCAUUAUGUGCUCAAGGAAUCCUUUUUAAUGACAAGGGAAAUGAGUGGCUUUCCCUCUUCCAGCUGUUGCCACCUUGUCCGAGACUAAUUGGCCAGCACCUGGGUUCAGCUCACAAUCCUCUUGCUUCUCUGUUGCAUUUCAUGCUUCUAAGGAUAGUACAUUGCUCAAACAUCUGCAUAAUUCAAUACGUAAUAUCAUAUGAAUACAUAUUAAAAAGGGGGGUUGCAUUCUUGGAAUGCAAAAACACCCCCACCUCCCCUUAUUGCCCCAUCAUCACCUGAAGGAGCUUGUGGUCAGGCCACCAGCACUUUUCCUGAAAACAGUUUGAACCAUCUGGUUAAAGACAAUGUUGUUUUCUUAGUGUCGUCUUGAGCCUGUUCUAGUGUAAGGGCUGCUAAACCAGCAUGAUGUCUCUCAGUGGGGGUUUGGCCUUAUUUAUUUAUUUAUUAUUUUUUUUGCCCCUUCUAAUUCGUUCUCCAAAGUUACCAGACUUUAGGUGUAUUUUUCAACACUAGAAUCAAUAAGUGCAUGAACAAUGCUCUUACCCCACAUUUUAAAAAACAAUUUUAAAUUAUAACAGUAAAUGUUAAAACAGCUAAGAGUCAUCAUAAUUCAUUUGAAGAACUUUCACGUGUGAUUUUUAGGUUGUGGACAAAAGACUGUGCCCCCUUUCUGCUCAACUCGUUCAAUAUCCCCGUCACGUGGCAGCGAUAUAACCGGAGGGUAUAAUUCACUCCACUGGCUGGCU